AUGGACAGCGUGCUCCGCCAGUCCAAGGCCAUGUGCCCCUUUCUGAAGGCCGCAUCGCCCGCCACGCUGCGGGCCAUGUCUACGUCGGCCCGCCCCAAGGCCUCGCCCUGCGGCGGCACCAUGUCCAAGCUGCAGCUCUACGCCCACCGCUGCCCGGUCAUGGGCAAGGCUCUGGCCGUCCAGUCGGCUCGCACCGGUGGUGCUGCUGCCGGCCUGCGUGCCUUCUCCGGCCACGGUAAGGCGGCCGCCAACCGGGCUCGCAUCCACACGAGCCGUAACCAGGAGGCUCGGGCCGUCGACAACCCCAUUCUCGAAGGCCGCGACGAUGGCCGCAUCCCUCCCGGCAUGGCCAUUCCCCGCAAGGACGCCGCACCCACGGUUGGCGCAGGCCUCUCCCGCGACACUGGCAAGUUCAACUACGAGGCCUUCUACAACGUCGAACUGGACAAGAAGCACAAGGACAAGUCGUAUCGCUACUUCAACAACAUCAACCGUCUCGCCAAGGAAUUUCCCCGCGCCCACAUGGCCAACAAGGAGGAUCGUGUCACCGUUUGGUGCGCCAACGAUUACCUCGGCAUGGGCCGCAAUUCUCGCGUCCUGAGCAAGAUGCACGAGACGCUCGACGAGUAUGGCGCCGGUGCUGGCGGUACGCGAAAUAUCUCGGGUCACAACAAGCACGCCGUCGAACUUGAGGGGGCACUGGCCAAGUUGCAUGCCAAGGAGGCUGCGCUGGUCUUCAGCUCGUGCUACGUCGCCAACGACGCCACUCUCGCGACCCUGGGCAGCAAGAUGCCCGACUGCGUCAUUCUGUCUGACAGCUUGAACCACGCAUCCAUGAUUCAGGGCAUUCGACACUCUGGUACGAAGAAGAUAGUGUUCAAGCACAACGAUGUGGCCGAUCUCGAGGCCAAGCUGGCGUCGCUGCCCCUCCACGUCCCCAAAAUUAUCGCCUUUGAGUCUGUUUACAGCAUGUGCGGCUCGAUUGGACCGAUUGAGGAGAUUUGCGACCUGGCGGAUAAGUACGGGGCCAUCACCUUCCUCGACGAAGUGCAUGCCGUCGGCAUGUAUGGCCCACACGGCGCUGGCGUCGCCGAGCACCUGGACUGGGAGGCGCAUCGCCAAGGCCGGCCCUCGGGUUCCAUCAUGGAUCGCAUCGACAUUAUCACGGGCACGCUAGGCAAGGCGUACGGCUGCGUUGGCGGCUACAUUGCGGGCAGCUCGAAGUUGGUGGAUAUGAUUCGGUCUCUGGCCCCCGGUUUCAUCUUCACGACUUCCCUGCCGCCGGCCACCAUGGCUGGUGCGAAGGCCUCAAUUGAGUAUCAGAUGGAAUACGAUGGGGAUCGUCGCCUGCAACAGCUCCAUACGCGGGCCGUCAAGGAAGAGAUGAACGCGCGUGACAUCCCGGUCAUCCCUAACCCGUCCCACAUUAUCCCCAUCCUGGUCGGUAACGCGGAGCUUGCCAAGGCUGCCUCGGACAUGUUGCUGCAGGACUACCAGAUCUACGUGCAGUCAAUCAACUACCCCACGGUGCCCGUCGGCCAAGAACGCCUUCGCAUUACGCCAACCCCGGGACACACCAAGGAAUAUCGCGACCAGCUGGUGGCCGCUGUGGACGAGAUUUGGACACGGCUGGGCAUCAAGCGUACCUCGCAGUGGGCUGCCGACGGCGGCUUCAUCGGCGUCGGGGAGCCAGGUAACGUCGAGCAGCCUCUCUGGACGGACAAGCAGCUUGGCAUCGAGCAGGCGGCACAGGAGAUGAAGGCGACGGGCAGCACGAAACAGGGCUUUACCGAGGCGCUCCUUGCGCGCGAGAGCCGUGGCGCCAACCGCGUGGCCAGCGCUUCGGCCUGA